AUGCCAUCAGAUCAGGAAGAAACUACUAGUUUAUUAACUGCUCCAAAGGGAUAUACUCCCAAAAAUGAAAUUGAAUGGGAAUUUGGUGGUCCAAUUGGUGCCUUGGGAAUGAUGAUUGGGUUUCCAUUAUUAAUGUAUUAUAUGUGGAUAAGUGCUGAGUUUUAUGGCGGUUCCUUUGCAACACCACAAGAAGGAGAAACAUUUUCUCAAUUUAUCAGUCAUUUAUUUAAUAUUUUUGUAAUUCAUGGUAUUCCUUCGUUUAAAACUUGGUUAUAUUUUACUGGAUUCAUUAUUUUACAAGCGAUAUUCUAUUUAACAUUACCUGGAGUAUGGACAAAAGGACAACCAUUAACACAUUUAAAUAAUAAGCAAUUAUCAUAUUUCUGUAAUGCAAUUUGGUCAUUUUAUACUUCAAUUGUGCUUAGUUUAAUAUUACACUUUACAAAUAUUUUACCAAUUUAUUACAUGUUGGAUAAUUUUGGUGGAAUAAUGACUACUGCUAUAUUUUAUGGAUUAUCAUUAUCGAUACUUUUAUAUAUUAUUUGUGUUUUUUACACUGGUGAUUAUCAUAGAAUGACUGGUAAUCAUAUAUAUGAUUGUUUUAUGGGAGCUCCUCUCAACCCUAGAUUAUUUAAAUAUUUAGACCUAAAGAUGUUUUUUGAAGUUAGAAUUCCAUGGUUUAUUUUAUUCUUUUUAUCAUUUGGUUUAUGUUUUAAACAAUAUGAAAAAUAUGGUUUUGUUUCAACUCAAGCUUUAUUUUUAUUAUAUGCUCAUUGGUUAUAUGCUAAUGCAUGUGCCAAAGGUGAAGAAUUAAUUGUUCCAACUUGGGAUAUGGCAUAUGAGAAAUUUGGGUUCAUGUUAUUAUUCUGGAAUAUUGCUGGUGUUCCAUUUACUUAUUGUCAAUGUACUUUGUUUAUAAAUUAUCAUGAUCCAAGUGAAUAUAAUUGGUCUACAACUUAUAAUGUAUUCUUAUUUAUUACUAUUUCCAUUGCUUAUUAUUUCUUUGAUACUGGUAAUAGACAAAAGAAUUCAUUUAGAAGAUCAAUUGCUGGUAAUACUCAAUUAAGAAAAACUUUUCCAUAUUUACCUUAUUCAGAUUUGAGAAACCCCAAAUAUAUUGAAUGUGAAAAUGGUAGUGUUUUAUUAACUGAUGGUUGGUAUAUCUAUGCAAGAAAAAUGCACUAUACUGCUGAUUAUAUUCAAACUUUAACUUGGGCUUUUAUGUGUGGCUUUGCAAGUCCAUUCCCAUGGUUCUUUCCAAUAUUUUUCUUUAUUGUUUUAGUUCAUAGAGCUUAUAGAGAUCAAAGAAAGUGUCAAAGAAAGUAUGGUAAAGAUUGGGAUAGAUAUAUUAAAGCAUGUCCAUACAUGUUUAUUCCAUAUGUAUGGUAA